AUGGAUCAGGCUCCUGCGGCUUCGUCUUCAUCCACUACAGAGCAGAAUGAUCUUCCUCCUGGUACUUUUCUAUUGGUCCGAGAUGAUGAAUUAGAUACCACCGGCCAGCAUAUUGUAAUGCUUGAUCCUAUUCCAACCAGUGAUCCUAACGAGCCCUUGAACUGGAGCACUGCUCGAAAGACCAUAAACUUCACCAUUGUUCUUGGCAUGACCGGUGUUAUAUUUACAGCACUCUCCUGCCAGACUAUUUUCUGGCAACAGAUGGUGAUAGACCUAAAUGCCACCUACAGUCAACUCAACAAUGCGAUGUCUGUCAACUUUGUUGGUCUAGCCACAGGAUGUAUUUUCUUUGUUCCCCUAGCAAAGAAAUACGGUCGUCGUCCUGUCUACAUCGUAUCGACAAUUAUUAUGUUGAUCACUUCCUUCUGUACCGCUAAGCUAACGAGUUUGUCGGGGCUUUACGUCUGCAACCUGUUUCAAGGCCUGGCUGGUGCAACCAACGAAGCUAUUGUUGAGAUAACCAUAUGUGAAACCGAUGACUGCUUAUUGGACGCCUAA